AUGGAGGAGCUUCUUGGCGGUCUUAUCAAGGACAAGGACCCUCGCGCAGAAAUAGUCCGAGCUGAGCUCGAUGCCAUGGCACGUGAGGCAGAGAUGACAGGACUCAAAUUACGCAGAUCCAAAGCUUAUGAAGAGAUCAAUAAUAGUAAUCGUAAUAACAAUAAUAUAGACAUUGCCUCCAAUGUAUCAGAAUCAGCCCCAACAGCGUCAGAAGCUUUGUUCGGAAAAGUACCGGAGCAGAAUCCAGCAACAAUUUCACCUGGGACUUUUAAUGUUUUGAAUCAGCACCAACGCAGUAUACAAAAUCAAAGUCCUACUGACCUAUAUACUCCUCAAGGACUUUCGAAAAUCUCUCAUCAACAGUACGCCUCAUAUCAGCAGGAGUACGACCAUCAAACUACUCAUGUUGAGCAAAAGCAGCAGCUGCAUCGACAUGAACCGGUCGCUGCGACACAUCCCUAUUAUCCACCAUACCCAAACACCCUUCCAAAUAGUCAUUCAUUCACUUCAAACAGAAAUGAAACUAAACUUGCAUUUGCGGGGCAAGAUUUGGACCAAAACCGCCACUCCCUGUCUUCGAGGCAUUUUUCGCAAGUCAAUCCUCUCACAGGAUACAUGCCGAUGCCACAAGAAAGCAUGGAUAAUGAAACAGGCAUCAUAUUGCCUUCACCAGAUGUCAUGGAUCAUUUGUUGAGCAUUCACUUUCGCUUUGUUCAUCCAGUACUCCCUAUUCUUCAUCAGAGAAGCCUCUAUGAGCAAAUUCAUCAACGCGAGUAUUCGCCACCCCAUCUACUAUUUGCAAUCCUUGGGCUAUCGUCUCGAUUCAGCGACAACCCAAUCUUCCGAACCCCUCAGCCUGGUACAGAUCGGCCUCCCUGCACUGUCUUUUACGAACGAGCCAAGCAACUCAUCAAGGAAGAGUACGAUCAUUCCCAAAUACGGACUGUGCAGGCCCUCCUUCUCAUGUCAAUCCAGCAGAUGGGUUUUUGUGAAAGUCAACGUGCUUGGCUUUAUGUUGGUAUGGCUAUUCGUAUGGCGCAGGAUCUGGGGCUAAAUAAAGACUUACCAGAGCAGGAUCAGGUUCGUGAUCGCCUGUCAGCAGAACUUCGGAAGAGGACAUGGUGGUCAUGCUAUGUUGUAGAGCGGCUAAUCUGCGCCGGUCUUGGAAGACCGCUCACUAUCACGCAACAGGAUUGUGAGACUGGAUAUCCGCAAUCCGACAAUACUAGCCAUCAUGAAAAAGUUGAGUCGGAGGCAUUGUAUACAGAGCCAAUAUCAUUGAUCCCCAAUUUCGUACAUCUGAUAGCGCUCUCUAGGAUUCAGGGAAACAUCAUGCAAUUUAUCAAGGCAAGGGCGGUGCAGUGUGACGAGUACAAUGAUGGCCAUCCUUCUGUUUUGAAUGUAGUCAGUGAGGGCAAUGGCCAUCACGUGGAUAUCAGCCCAGCAGCCUUCUCAGUGUUGGACAAGUCAUUGACAGAGUGGCGACAGCAACUCCCCGAAUCAUUGCAGAACCCUACUUCCGAUUCCUGUCAUUUUGGGCUAUUCCUACAUAUGACCUACAAUACGCUGAUCAUCCUCCUUCACCGACCAGAAAUUCCCAGCUCCCCGACGUCUGCGUCACUCUGCACACAAGCUGCAGCUACAAUCACUGAUAUAACAGCGAUGUUGAUGAAUGCCAAGGCUUUGACAUCCAUGUUCAUUAGCUGUCUUUAUGCUAUUUUCUCAGCAGGAAUAAUUCAUUUCAUUAAUAUCCCUAGUACAAGGCGUCCAUCCAAUAUCACUAGCGCCAACCCUGUUGAUACACCAUCAAUCUUAUCUCGAUCAUCCAAUCACGCACACACUGCCAAAACAGAUCUGAAGCGUUGCAUCGAUGCCCUAAAACACUUGUCAACACACUGGCUCAGCGCAGCUCGUCGUGCCAAGGUCCUUGAAGAUUUGUUAGAUCUUAAGCAUGUAAGUCUAAAGGACAUAGAGAACGACUCUUUUCAGACCGCGCCGUCAAUGCCUCCAUGGGCAAUGGAGACAUCCAACUGCGACAAGGCUCUGGCUGUCCCACGAGAGACUCAUGACCAUCUACGACAGCAAUGUCGAUCGAAAGUAAUGGCUAUUCAGUCAUUGCUAGCUACGGACGAUGAAUUUAAAAAGAUGCAGGCAAGAAUGAGCGACCACUCUCUGGAUUACGAUAGUCAGGACGACAUAGAGCAUUAUGAAACAAAGUUUCGCGGCCCGGAGCUUUCGCAAGAUAACGACGGCGCCAUGGAUAUCUCAAUGGAUUCCCCAAAUCUCUCAAGAUCAUUUACGGAGCAAUCACCUGUUUCAGGAUUAUCGUCUCCUUCUAUCUCCACUCCUUCAUCAACCAUUUCACCGCGUCUCGCCAGCAUGAAUGCACUAAUACAUCAGCGGCCACUUGACGCUGACCCAAUGAUGCUUAUUUCCACAGCAACGUUCGGUGACCCACAUAUUCAGAGUACGGCUCGUGGCACUUUAAUUAGCGAGACGGCCUCGUUAGUGUAUCCCAAGAAUGUAGCUCUUGGAGUCAUGGGAGUGGCAAGCCCCAUGACACUGACAACACUCGGGCAUAAAUUACAUACAAUUCCGCCAAGUCCAGCAUUCGAUAAAGCCCGGUCCAUGUCCGGUCAACAGGAUGUGAUGUUGGACCCUUUUUCUAUGCCCAGCAGUAUCACGUUCCCAGAUCAGAAUCAUGGGCGUCAGACUAGCUGUGGAGGAAACACGUAUGGUGGAGGGCCUCAAUCCAAUACAGUUUGGUCUACGAAUGCUCAAACACAUCGGGCAGUUGCCCGUGCUGAGCCCUCUUUAACAACAAAGGCCUGUACAUCCCAGCAGCCUGGUCAUGCAGUAGAGGCCGAACACGCUCACUAUGGAGUCAGAAGUGGAAGUGAAGAGCGAGAGUCCGAUGAUCUUGAUUUAGCCUGGAAUGAUAUGCCACCCACGUUAGGACUGGAUGAAUGGAUGACCUACAUCGGUGCUUUAAUGAUGCGCUGGCUAGCAAGCGGUGAAUCAUCACCACGGUCGAUUUGA